UCUCUAUCUCUCUCUACAUCUAUAUAUAUAUAUAUAUAUACGUGCUCCGUAUAUUUAUAUAUAUACACAUUUCUGUACGUAUAUAAUCUUUGUAUAUCGUCGUCAUGGCUGUGAACGGUGGAACUUGUUCAAAUUUGAUCGUCAGCUUCGGGGAGAUGCUGAUCGACUUCGUGCCGACAGUUUCCGGCGUGUCUCUGGCGGAGGCGCCCGGUUUCCUGAAGGCUCCGGGCGGUGCUCCGGCCAACGUGGCUAUAGCGGUUACGAGGCUGGGCGGGAAGGCCGCGUUCGUCGGGAAACUCGGCGACGACGAGUUCGGGCACAUGCUGGCCGGAAUCCUGAAGGAGAAUGGGGUACGCGCCGACGGGAUCAACUUCGACAAGGGCGCCAGGACGGCCCUGGCCUUCGUGACGCUACGCGCCGACGGGGAGCGCGAGUUCAUGUUCUACAGGAACCCCAGCGCCGAUAUGCUGUUGACCCCGGACGAGUUGAAUCUGGAGCUCAUUAGAUCUGCCAAGGUUUUCCACUACGGAUCAAUAAGCUUGAUUGUGGAGCCAUGCAGAUCAGCUCAUAUGAAGGCAAUGGAAGCUGCAAAAGACGCCGGAGCUUUGCUUUCCUAUGACCCCAACCUCAGGCUGCCAUUGUGGCCAUCCCCCGAGGAGGCACGUGAGCAGAUCAUGAGCAUAUGGGAUAAGGCAGAUGUGAUCAAGGUCAGUGACGUUGAGCUGGAAUUCCUUACUGGCUGUGACAAGAUUGAUGAUGAGUCCGCUUUGUCCCUGUGGCACCCCAACCUGAAACUCCUCCUCGUGACCCUUGGUGAGAAGGGUUGCAGAUAUUACACCAAGAGCUUCAAGGGAUCUGUUGAAGCUUUUCACGUCAAGACAGUUGACACAACGGGAGCUGGUGAUUCCUUUGUCGGUGCCCUUUUGUGCAAGAUUGUUGAUGACUGCUCCAUAAUUGAGGAUGAGGCGAGAUUGAAGGAAGUACUUCGAUUUGCAUGUGCUUGUGGAGCCAUCACAACUACCAAAAAAGGAGCAAUCCCUGCCCUUCCUUGCGAAGCAGAUGCCCUCGCUCUUCUCAACUGAACUUAAGCAUCAUGCCUUUCCAUUGAUUUUCUUACCAGCACUAGUUAUAUUAGGUUCUGUUCAUCUUUUCCAAAGUUUGGGAUUUUGUUUUCAUUUGCUUGUAAUGGAGGGAUUGCCCAAAGCAAUUAUUAAUAAACGAGUUUUGUGGUUUGUAAA